GGGCGGGGCGGGACCCGGCGGGCUUCGAGCGGCGGUGGCUGGGGGUAUUCGGCGGACGUCUCGGCUCAAUGGGGUCCCGUAGCCUUUGUCCUGCUUUAGGGGGCAGCCAGCCUCAGGCCUUGGGGGUCAGCGCGCCCUUGGCUUGGGGUGAGGGGGUGACAAGCCGGGGCGCCUGUGUCCAGGCUGGCACUACGCUCGGGUCACCUUUUCCUGCGCGCGGGGAAAACCCUCCCCCGCUUUUGCAGUGGGGCCGAAAGGGGGCCGAGGUCACAUCCCGCCUCGGUGCCCCCGCCCCAUUUCCUUCUGGAAUCCUGACGUUGGGGCGGGAGGGACCGGACCGACAGACCGCGGGACGGACGGAACUCCCUCCCGGAGUGCAGGCAGGAAAUGGGCGGAGCCUGCUUGGCCGGGGCAGGUGCCGUGCGGGCUGAGGAGUCCGACGGGUUUCCCCGGACUGCCGCGCGCUUCUGCACCAGCCCCGCCGCUCGAGGCCCUGCAAAGCCCGGAGACCACGGCGCCUGUCCGCUGGAAGGCGCGGGCUUAGAAUAAGCCUUUUCCCACAGCACUAGGGGCUACCUCGGGGCGGUGGCCCACUGAGCACACCCUCUGCUGACCCCAGACCUCAAAUUUGGGGUCACCCAGGGGUCCGGUUCCUGAAAGUUGCAAGAAUGGGGGCGGAAGGUGCUAUGUCUCAUAAGUCUUACAGGGGUGGGAGGACGGGGAAGUAGGAUGUGGUUUUCGCCGAUACUUAGACCUCCUAGACACAUCCCCAACCCCUGCCCUGGGUGUGGAGUGGGUGGCUCAGUCUGAGGCUGGGAGGGUCUCUCACUCUAGGGUGGAUGGGAUGAGGGCCCUAGCGUGGGAACCUCACCUGCCCUGCUAAAGGCCUGGGUGCUAUAAAGACAGGGGCAGGCCUGUGCCCACCUUCUGUCUCCCCACAGGCUCUGUUCACUUGCAGACACCAUACAGAGCCUUCAUUCAUUCAUUCAUUCACAAUGAAUGUGGGGUGCCCCUCUGUAACCAGACCUGGAUCAAGACGCCUGCCUCCCCAGACUCAGGUCAGCAGUGCCCCCAGAGAUGAUGACAAAGCUCAGAUGAAACACUUUAAUGCAGUUACUGUGGGAAGAGGGAGCACAGAGCAUCACCAUGGGUCCCCAAGCAAUGGCUGCACCCCACAUACCUGUGCUGAUCUGCCCAUAUCCAAUGGGUACCCACCAUUCACAUGGCCGGUGUUGUCCCGGGCUGCAGGCCCUGGGGGGGGGGCGGCACAGCCGGAGAGCCCAGCGCGUGUUUGCGGAGUGAGCCCUGCUUGUCAAUUGGCCCACAGUUCAGGCUGUCAAUGAGUCAUAGUCAGUGGGUCGGGCCCCAACACCAGAUAGGGCUGUGUGAACUGGGUGCCUUCAAUGGCGACGGGCAAGCAGCAUCCUCAGCCCGGUUUCCCCAGCACAGACGACCUCCCCGGACUCGAGAUCUGCCUUUCCUCAAAGCAGGCCGUGUGUGCACUUCCUGGUCUGGUGUGGUGUGUGCAAGACUUGUGGGCCAGCCCAAGGCAAGGGUGAGGUCAGGGCUGUCCCAGGAUAGCUCCUCUUGUCAUAUGUCUCAGGUUCCCUUCCCUAGAGGGCACAUCCUCUGAUCUAAGAAUCCAUCCCGCUCCCCUGGGUGAGGGCUGUAGACGUGCAAGAUGAAAGGUGUUUCCAGUUCUUCUCUUUUUGUGCUGGGUGAGGUCCUCAAAACAGGUCCUGCACACUUCCUUCUGCCUUUGGAUGCUUGGGAACCCCUCAUUGGGGAGAUGAUUUCCCGCACUAGUGUGGAGGAGAUGGAGCAGGGAGCUAGCUCUCAAGUAGAGGAAGCCUCUGGUUCUGCCCUUGACUGCCCUGACCAGGCACCCCCACACACAGCCACUGCCCACUUCAGCUUCUGCCGGACCCUCCUGGAGCACACAGUGUCAGCUGAGAGCAUCCCCUGCCACUUGCCUCGGACACCUGGCACCAGCCUCACGUGGCAUGACUCCCGCAGCCAGAGGGCAGCCAGCAGCAGGCCAAUCAAGCUCCUGCAGCAGCCCGGCACAGAGACCCCCCAGGGCCGGCUGUACUCUGACCACUAUGGCCUGUACCAUACAAGCCCCUCACUGGGUGGCCUGACCCGGCCCGUGGUCCUGUGGAGUCAGCAGGACGUCUGCAAGUGGCUCAAGAAGCACUGUCCCCACAACUACCUCGUCUACGUGGAGGCCUUCUCCCAGCAUGCCAUCACCGGCCGGGCACUGCUGCGGCUGAAUGCGGAGAAGCUGCAGCGGAUGGGGCUGGCCCAGGAGGCCCAGAGGCAGGAGGUGCUGCAGCAGGUGCUCCGCCUGCAGGUGCGUGAGGAGGGGCGGAGCCUGCAGCUGCUCAGCCAAGCUUCCUUCGGGAAAAUGUCCUAGCUGCUGCUGAGGCUUGAACCCAGACCCCAGCACUGUGAUGGGAGUCCACGGCUAGGGAGGAGGCCAAGCUGGCCCCGCAGCACCUCUUGGACCCUGCAGGAUGCCGGGGCAGCCAGGCUGGCCCAACGGACAGACAGGACCAGGAUCACACCUCCAGGCGCCUCUGGUUGGACAUUCCAGGUCGUGCCCUGGGGCUGGGUGGGUAGGGGGCUGCUUGAGUGUGGCCCCACCUCCUGGGACCUGAGCCCAAGCCCUCCCCUGGUGCAGCUGGCAGCAUGUGGGGCAGCUGCCUGGACCCAGAGCCAGUUUGGAUGUCCCCCCUAGACUCCCAGGGAGUCUGUUUAUUUACAUUCCCCUCUCCACGUGAUGUCCGUCCCCCAUUGCCUGCUGAGUCACUUGUCUGUCCACCCACCCAGCCCAGUUCUAGGUCGUUCCCCAGCACCUCCAGGUUGGCCCACACAGGUACCAUAAGCUGCCUCGGCUCCCUGUGGCUUGUGCCCAUGCACCUGCCAGGGCCCAGCAGGCCAACCCAUCAUCUAGAGUAGUGGCCAUCAGCACCUGCCUAACAGGCACCAUGCCAAGCACUUUCAUCAUUAUUUAUACAUCGUCACCACACCCCUCUAUUCAUGAGAAGUAAAGCUGAGAAAGGACCAGAUUGACCAAGUGCCAGAGACAAAAUGUGGCACAACGAGGACCCCAGCCCUGUCCAGGUGGCUCCGCGCCCAGGGCCCAGGCUUAGCAGUGCUUCCUGCCCUAUCUUUGGGAAAAUCUUGCUUUUAUGGUCUUCCCCCCUCUCGCCCUCAAGAACAAGGGCCUUGUGCGUGGGCCUUCCCAUUGCUGCUUUCCCAAGAAGGCCUGGAUUCAGGGGAGAGGCCUUCCCAGGGCCACUCCCCUUACACCCUCCCAGAGGCCUGAGCAACCCCUCUCUGGGUGGUUUGGGGCUGGCGCUGCCUGGAGGAAGGACAGUGAGGGCGGCCCUGGCCGCCUCCACCCUCUUGCGCCUCUGCCCUCUCCCAAUCCCCUUGUGGCUUCUGAAAAUCUCAGGGACAGAUGAGGCUGAGCCCCCAGUCCCCUCUGUGUGCUUUGAGCCUCCAGACUCAAGGCUGGUCACUGCAGGUCCCAGGUGGAAUUUGGACAACUGGCCUGGCCGCUCCCAUCCUGUAAGCCCCCACCACGGGGAGACCCUCAUCCCUGCCCCUGUGUGGCUGCGCAAGUAUUCUGCCCGCCUCCCACCAUCAGCCUUCGCCCAAGGGGCCCUUCUGCCUGUGCUUCCCUCCCUUCUCCUCUGUCUUGCCCUGGCCCACGCACGCCUGUCUCGUCUUCCUUGUUUUGCGCUCACUUUUUUAUACUCUGACCAAAAAAAAAAAAAAAAAUCAGAAAUAAAGCUGGUUCCCAAGUG